CAAACCUAGAUGGUAUAGCCUACUACACAGCUAGGCUCUGAGGUAUAGCCUAUUGCUUUUGGGCUACAAAUCUGUACGGCAUGUUAGUAGUGAAUACUAUAAGAAAUUGUAACACAAUGGUAUUUGUGUAUCAAAACAUACCUAAACAUAGAAAAAGUAAAGUAAAAACAUGGCAUUAUCCUCUUACAGUGUCAGACCACUGUCAGUCACAUAUCAUCUUCCAAAACAUUGUUAUGCGGCUCAUGAUUGUACUUCUCCCAUGUCCUUUAGGACCCCAAUCCAACCUCACAGAGAAGCAUCUGCAGCUAAGACAGUAAAUUGCUUCAGAGAUGCUGAUGAAGGGAGGAGAGGCCUGAUCCUGUUUCCUUGACGAACUCAGACCAAGAACUACACAAACACAUACACAUAUACAAACACACCCUAACAGACACCUGCAUUUUCUUCCCCUAAUGCAGAAGGAUGGAUAGGUGACUCAAGAGUAUGAAUUACAGGCUGCAGUGAAGCUAGGAAAGUCACUGUCCCUCCCCUAUCCAAGGCACAAUUAUCUAGCAGGACCUCUAUGAUGUCAUGCAGUGGCUUAGGGCCCAAGACCUCAGGUCUCACCUCCCUGGGCCGCCUGGGGUUCCUGUAGCAGCCACUUCCCUGCCCAAUCCCUCCCACACCCCACCAUGUUGGUGGGUACUCCCAACCUGCUGACACUGGAUGAAGCUGAUACCACCUGGACCCUCAUCAAGGAUAAGGUCAUCGAGGAGCACUUUGGGCCCAAUGCAGUACCAGUACCUUUCCUGUCAGAUGCAGUCUGCUAUGAUCUACUGGGUGUGCUGGUAAAACAGUCCCGCCCAGCCCAUACCCGCCUGGCUUUGCCAGGUCGGCAGGGCCGGAGGGCACUGAAACCAGUGGGGCCACUACCAAGCCUCCUGGAGCAGGCAGGAUCUGAGGGUGCCUUCGCCCACUGCACUCGGGAAUACUCACCAAAUGGCCGAGAAGAGAUAGCCUAUGAAGAGAUGCGAAUGUUGGAUGGACAGCCCUGCAAGAUCCGCCUACAUAUGGGUGGCCUGCGCAAGAAGGUUGCCUUCCUGUUGCUGCCACCAGGGCAGGUGAGCCUACAGCAGACUCUUCCCUGGCUCCGAAGCACCCACAGCAUCUAUGUCAUCUACCAGGUCUUCUCUUGUUCCUGGCUGCAGCUGGGGCUGAUGCCUACAGCCCGUGAGCCCCAGCUCCUCCGGCUACUUCGGUCAUUACCUGUUGCCUUCUCCUGCCUCAAGUUUUCACUGCAGUCUAAGGGCGUGCUGGGACCACAGAAGCCUCUGACUAAAGACCCAUUGCCCCAUGGGGCCAACUGGGUCAGACCCAACCUCAGCAUCAUGCCACCUCUGGCCCCCACAUCAGCACCUGCUGAUAUAACUGAAGCUGCUGAUGUGCCCCAACCUGUCCCAGCCCCACCUACGCCACCUCCCCAGGAAGGGCCAGAGGGCAAACCCACCAGAUUCUCCUACAAGGGCCGAAACCCCUUCUGGAGGGGGCCCCACAUACUGUCAGAGAACUGGCUCUUCAGCCCCUGCAGCCCUCCACCAGGAGCCCACGGUGGGGGCCCCAGGGACCCCAACGGGCACUCCAUGUCCCUGCCCCUGCUGCAGGGUCUAUCCUCGGAGUUCGACAGCGACAACUGAAGCUGAAGCAAAAGAUUCCGGGGGCAAAGCCCCCAAGAUCUGGCAUAGGGGUACUGGUCUCUAAUAAACUUCAGCUGCUGCUCCCCCAAA